GGGUGUUGGUUGUUGUUUAGCAGCUCUGCCUGUAAUCCUGGUCUGCCAUUGGCCAGAUCAAGCCCGUCCUCCCGUCAGUCUUCGCUGUUGCUCCCGCGACAAAACAACGACUGGAUAUGACCAUAGAUAUGACAGCAGCACGGUGACAACAUUAAAUUCGAGCCGAGCUGAUACUUAAACGUAUUAAUUCAACACAUUCGUGCCCAAUAAUGGGUUUUAACUCUCAGUCACUCCGUGUCAACAACGGCAGCCUCUUGAACGCACGAGGUCUGCCCACUGCUGCUCUGCCCUGAGCGGCUUCAGGCUAAUCGGCUAGCUCGCUAACCAAACCGUUUCUUUAGCACGAGGGUUGUUUUUAGCGUUACAUUAUUGUACACUUUGUUGGUUUAUCUACAGACACUUUUUUUAGAGACACGUUGAGUAUGGCGGGUGGGGCAGAAGAAGCGACAGAAGCGAGCGGUUGUGCAGGGAGGCUGCGCUCCAGCGGCGGCCUCCGGAGCGGUUCGUGCUCCGGUGGGACAUCCGAGCAGCUCCGCGCGGUCAAAACAACGCUGCUGGAGCGGUUGGGGCCACACGAGCGCCUGCUCACCUAUUUGCAGUCCGUUUUGUUGUGGGAGAGACCCUUUCACAGCGUCCUACUGUACACGGCUGCCAACGUCACGUUCUGGUUUUUUGCUCUGAGCUCUUUGAGGUUGCUCUUUCUGCUGGCAUCAAGUCUGGCUCUGGCUGUUUGUGUGGACACUUGGAGGAAUAAGAUCUGGCCCAAGAUCAGAGUUAAAAAACAAGAUGAGAGUGAGAAUGAAAGCUGGGGUCUGGUGCAGCCUGGGACGUUGAGUGUACCUGAAUUAUGCCACCAUCUGGCUGAAAUUUGGGUUACAGGGUCUACCUGUGCUACAAAUAUUGUGCAGUUCAAACGGCACAAUCCAGGGAAGUUUUGCGUGCUGGUUUGUGGCCUGUUCACCUUAGUGGCCAUGGUGGGGCGCUACAUCCCUGGACUUGUGCUUUCAUAUGCGGCUUUGCUGGGUGUGUUGCUGUGCCCACUGGCGUUGUAUUAUCGGCUAUGGCAGCGUGUGUGUGUGAAGCUGGAGCCAGCCCUGCAGUGGCUGGAUUUCAGUGCCAAAGGAUACAUGAUGUCAAAGCCUCUAGACAACCAGUUUCUUCGUAAGCCGAUCAGGAGCGGGAAUUCUGAUGAUGUUAGUGACAGUGAAGAGGAACUGGCAGCAUUCUGCCCAACGUUUGAUGAAGCAGUGGUGGCUAAGGAACUAGCACUGACUGACUCUGAGCACUCCGAUGCAGAGAUUUCAUACAUGGAUAACGGCACCUUUAAUCUCUCCAGGGGUCAAACACCACUCACAGAAGGCUCAGAGGAUCUCGAUAGACAUAGCGAUCCGGAAGAAUCAUUUGCCUGUGGGCUCCCAGACUUUCCCUCCAUAAACCCAGAUGCCACACUGAUGGAGGAUGACGAUGAUGCCAGCAUAGGGCUGCCCAGUCUUAACUCCGCUGCACCGUCAGGCCACCGUGGCUCUACCUCUGCCUUGCUGGACCUGAACACCGAGAUGGACUCGGACCAGGAAGACCUCGAACUCUCCCUCGGUUCCCUAAAUACUACCUCUGACCUCACUAGCAACCUGGCAGGGGUCAUCGCCAGCAACAUGAUCCAGGCAGCCAUUGCGGGAGCCAUGCAGCCCCGUCCACCGCAAGGCCCUCGGAGAGAAAGCGGCCCCCGGGCUGGAGCCGCUCCGAGGGGAUUCAGAAAGCAGUCGAGCUCUGAGCUGGACACAGACCUGGACUAUGACGGAGAAGACUUUGAGAUGCUAGAUCAGUCAGAGCUCAACCAGUUGGAUCCAUUCGGAGGUGGUCAAGGCGGUCAAAACCGAACCCAGGGAUCCAGCUUCCUGUCCAACUUUCUGGGGAAGCCACAGUGAGCGAAGUUUUGGGGAUGCUUUCCUCCGUCUGUCUGUUCUUUGUGUUCCUCGCACCUUGAUCUGAAUAGAAGUUUGCAGUGUUGGUUUGAAUGUCUACUGAGAUGAUGCUUUUAAUUAUUUUUUUUCUGACUGAGGGAGACGGAGAAGAAGCGUGUUUGUUUUGCACUGUUAAUGAGUAAUUAGUAUCACUUGCCAGGAUUUCUCCCCUGGCUAUAGUUGAUAUCACUGUGAAUUAAUCUUCUUUGUAGUCAGACUCUUCGUCAGAUAUGCUCCGUGAGCUUCCGUGUCCUUUUUCGUUUCGUUUUUGGGUGUGUGUGAGAAACUCGGGUGCGAAAGACUCCGAUUUACUUUGUAGGCUAAGCAAUAGGACAACAAUCAUUGAAACAUCUGGGAUCUCUUUAAAGCAAAGGUGUCAAACUCAGUCCCUGGGGGGCCGCAGCUCUGCACAGUUUAGUUCCAACCCUACUUAAACACACCUGGUCAAACUAAUUGAUUUCUUUAGGCUUGUUUGAAACCUGCAGGUAAGUAUGUAGGAGUUGAGUUGGAAUAAACUGUGAAGGACUGCAGCCUCCCAGGAACUAAGGUUGACACCCCUGCUUUAAAGGGAUAGUUCACGCAAAAAUGAAAAUUCUGUAGUUCUUUACUCAUCCUCCAGUUGUUCCAAACUUUUGAGUUUUUUUCUUAGUUUGUGUACACACAAAUCUUCUGGAGAAUGUUGGUAAGCAGCAGCCAUAGACUGCCAUAGUAUUUGUUUUUCCUACUCUGGAAGUCGAUAGCUACCAGUUUCCAACAUUCAACAGACGAACAAUAUUUCAAAUUUUUUGAACCACCUGAGGGGGAUCAAAUGAUGAGAAUUUUUUUUUAUUUUUAAGUGAACUAUCCCUUUAUUAGGAUUGGUCACUCAAAAAUGAAAGUUUGCUGUUAAUUCACUCUCAUGAUGUAUGUGAAUUUUUCUUUUCUUCAAUAUAACAGUAACAAUUUUUAGCUGAAGUGAUUUUCCUAGCAAAAUAAAAAAAUGAAUAGUUCAAUAUUUAAUAGGAAUAAUAAUUAAAAGAAAUUGAUAGUUGUGACUUUUGGCGGUACAUUGAGGUUUUGUGAAGUGAAUCAAUCGUGUAACCAGAAGCUCCAGAUUUUGUGAAUGCACUCAGAAGCUGUUUUAAAGGUAAUAAUAAAUGUUCUUCAUUAUAUUUCCUGGACAGACAGACCAAUCAUUUCUCUUUAUUAGACCUCAAUGUAUUAUCAGAAGCCAUGAGUAUUAAUUCAGUUUUGCCUGUAUAUGUGUUUUUGACUGUCAAAGUACUGACAGCAAUUGAUUUGAAUUUUCUGACUUGCCAAAGAGCACAGUUCAGCUAAAAAGUCCUUUAAAGAGAAAAAUAAGAUCUAUCAACAUCUUGUGUGGCCUAUAAGCGUGAGUAAAUUAAAAGCCAAUUUUCAUUUUUGAGUGAACUAUACCUUUACCUUCUUCUAAACCAGCAAAUUUACCUACACAUCUUAUAAAGUUUUCACAUCUUUCUUUUUCAUACUGACUGUGUUGUUUGUGUCUUCUAUAAUAACACAAGGGACCAAAUCAGACAUUCCACCAUCAGUGCUGACCAUGUGUACAAAUAUGAAGUCGCUGAAGAUCUCGUGAAAUCUAUAGUCAAGACAUUGCUGAGCAAAGACAUCUGAAGUAAUGGUCACGUAUUUAAACUGCAGCCUCAUCUCAUGUUAAUAAAUAAUUUACUUACCCUCAUAUACUUUUUUCAAACGUUCUUUUUUUCUGUGGAGCAUAAAAACGGAGGUUUUGAGAAAUUGUUUUUUUUUUUUCAAUCGUUUUAGACAAUUUAUUGGAUAUCAGUAGAUCAAAACUGCUAUUUUAGCAACAUGAAUCAAAUUUCUUCAUGUUUCACAGAACAAAAGUCAUACGGUCAAAAAAUUCAUAGUUAAUUAGUGAUUUUGUUUUUAUUUGUGAACUGACCCUUAAAGAGUUUUCCUAUGGUCACUAAAUAAUAAACAACAGUCAGUUCUUCACUUUACCGUAUAUUUGCACCUAACCUUUCCUCAUCCUUUUUUUUUUUUUUUUGCUUCUUUCCAUGCUAACAUUCUUAAUCAAUUCAAUCAUAUAGCAAAGAAAAGACAUAUUUCGAAAAUCAGAAAUACUAUCUUAAAUAUAUAAAUAUGUUCAUUGCCUGGUCAUUUUGCUUCAACUCUACAAUAGCUUUUUUUUUGUCAUUUUAGCUCAUGUAGCAUUUCUUCCACAGUGACAUUUACAUGUAUGUUCAUAUGGGGCUGGAUUUCUUUCUUCAUUACUUGAAAACCAAGAGUCAGGAUCAAUGGUAGCAAAGAUUUUCUAAAACAAGAUUUCUCUAGUAAAAAGUAAGGCAGAUUUUUCACUAUAUUUUCCUUCAGAUUGCUGUUUUUUUUUUUUAUCUGUUCAUCUAUCAGUCAGUCUAAAUAAAUAUGAAACAUGGCCAGCUUGUUUAACAGCUCAGCAAUGCUGUUCAUCUGGAUAUUAAGGCAGUACAUUAAUUUUGUUUGUAAUGACUCUACCUCAAACAAGACAUUGGGCUAUAACUGCCACCUGUUCAUACACAGCCUUUAGUCAAACACACCUUUAACUGUUAGGACUUUACACAGGAACUUUUUUAUAUAUACAGGUCAAACUAUAUCCUCUGCAUCCUGGUCUGAUAUGAGAUUCGGAGCAUUAAGUACAGUACUAAGACACAAAGGAUUUAACUUCAUCCUUUCUAGUGUGAUGGAGCUGUUGGAAAGAAAUGAGUGGAAUUUGCUGUUUUAUUUGCUGUUUUUUUAGUACAUGCUGACCCAUUUUUCUUUCAGCUUUGCACUUUUGCCAGGUUUCUGUUUCUCUGGCGAUGCUGAUUAUAUAGAUAUCUUUGCUGGCUUUUAGAUUUCAUUAUUGCGUAUAUGCUGUAAAGCAGGAUCACAGCAAUGAAAAGGCAUUCUGUUAUCAGAGAUCAGUCAAAUAAAGGUUUCUUGUUUUAUUUUCCAAGCAAGCAGUUUGGUUUCCUCAUUUUAAUUUAAAGUAAUGAAGCAUUGAGGAAACAGCUUGUCUUUUUUUAUCUCUGUAUUCGCAGUCUGUCACUUCCUGCUGUUCCAGUUUAUUACAUUUCAAAUCCAAGUCUUAUUUUAUCCAGCCAACUUGACGUAGUUUAAAAUCAGUUUAGAGUGUUGCUGUGAUUUACUCAAACCCUUUUUUCUUUUUUGUUUUGUUUUGCUUAAUUGUGAGCCCUAAGGUUUUGAAUUGCUGCUGAUUUAUUUAGAUUUUUUUUUUUUUUUUUUUGAUUGCUGUGGAUUUAUUUUUCAAGGUAAUUUAUGUGUUAUAUGUGACGUGUGGGAUAGUUUUGUUUUUCUGGAUUGCUGAAAUGGAUGAAGCAUAACACAUAGUUAUUUUUAGAUUCCAAAGCCUAUUUUUUUCCUUUUUAAUUUAGUUUAUUUAUCAUUAUAAUUCAUACAGACACGUUUAAUUGUUAACAAAAGCAAUUCAGAAAAUAUUUGGGUUGAAAAAUUGAUUCAUUGAUUUGUCUUCUGAAUAAAAUGCAUGGAAAUAUUUUGUCAUUCUAAUGAAGUGUGUCAGUGUAAUUACCAUCCAAUGGGAAAAUUCUCUGGACAUUUACCUCGACUAUUCAUCUUUUCGUGUUCAAUUCAAACAGAAGUCACCAGCAAUUUAAACGGAACAGUGGAUUUCUGGUUUAAAGGAAUGGAAAUAAUGUCCAGCGUCAUCUAUUGGUGUUGUAUUGGUGUUAGUGAUUUAAAUUGAAAUCAGUUUGAAGUCAUGUUGAGGCAAAUGCAAAAUACAGAAUCACUCAUCUUUCUUCGUGUGAGCGUUUUUAUUUCCAGGAGUCUUUCUGUAGCUGGAUUCUGCAGUGUCAGUGAUUUUUAUUUCUGUAAACAAGUAUUUCCCUUUACUUCCCAUUCUCUGUAAUUAGUUUUUGAUAACUUUUUGAUGUGCAAGACAAUAAACUGAUGAAUGAACAAAC